AUGUCAGAUACAGAGAAUGGACCAAUUGAAGAAGAUGUUGUGAAUGAAGUUGAGGGUACUGAAGACAACUCAAUGUCAAUUGAGGAUGUUAUAGAUAAAAGUGAAUCUGAGGGAGAAGCUGAAGACAAUGGUGUUGACGAAGACGAUGGAGAUGACGAAACUGUGGGUAAUACUACAUUUGAAACCACUUAUGGGACUGAUGAAGAUGAAGAUGAAGAACAAGAACCACCUAAAUUGAAGUAUUCUCGAAUUACACAAUUACCUCCUAAUUUUUUCAAUAAAGAUCCUAUUUCUUGUGUAAAUUUCCAUGAAAACUACUUCAUAUUUGCUACACACUCGGGUAUUAUUUAUAUCACUGAUAAUGAAUUUAAACAAAUUCGGACUUUUAAAGCUCACAAAGCUUCGGUUUUGGCUAUUUAUACCGAUGGAGAAUUCUUUGCUACAGGAUCUAUGGAUGGAACUAUUGUAAUUGGAUCGAUAACGGACGAAAAAGAUAUUCUUGCUUAUGACUUUAAACGACCUAUUCAUGCAGUGAUCUUGGAUAAAAACUAUGGUAAGAGUCGAAGUUUCGUUAGUGGAGGAAUGAGUGGUAAGGUUAUAUAUUCAAGUAAGAAUUGGUUGGGUCAAAGAUCUGAUUUGGUCUUAGAUGAGAAUAAUGGACCCAUAGUAUCAAUAACUACUAUUGAUGAUAUAAUCAUCUGGAUGAAUGAUAAAGGUAUAUCUAUCUAUCAUGUCCCCGCAAGAAGUGUGAUCAAAGUGAUUGAAAAACCAGAGGAUUCUCCACGAAGUGAUCUUUAUUGGUCUAAAGUAUCAUUUCCUGAAACUGAUAGAGUUUUGAUAGGAUGGGGUAAUUAUAUUUGGCAAUUGAGAAUUGCUUUAAAGACUAAUGAAGAUAAAGCUGAUGAACAAGGAAGUACGAACAUGUCAAGGAUUUUACCCAGUACAGCUUCUAUUUCUUUCAGGGCGAUUCAAGAGAAGAAAGUAGAGAUUGAACAUGUUUUUAAAUUAGAUAGCUUGAUAGCUGGUAUAUCAAGUUUUAAAGAUGAUUAUUAUAUGGUAUUAUCAUAUUCACCACCUGUAAAUGGGGAGUUUAACUACCCGGACUUAAAAUUAAUCAAUUCUUUAACAGGGGAAGUUGAUUUUGAAGAAGAAAUUGGUUUGAAAAAUAUUGAAAAUUUAGGGUUAAAUGAUUAUCAUUUGGGAAUUCACAUAGGUGAAAAAUCCACUCGUUAUUUCAUUAUAAGUGCCAAAGAUGGUGUUAUUGCUCAAGAGAUUCAAUUACAAGAUCGUCUUGAUUGGUAUGUUGAACAUGACAAAUAUUUUGAAGCUUGGGAUAUAAGUGAACAUUUGCUCACUCCAUUGCAAAGAUUAAAUAUCGGUAUCCAACAUGUGGAUCAUUUGAUGAAAGUUGAUAAUUGGGAUGAUGCUAGCUCUUUCUUAGCGAGGAUAAUGGAUAUUGAUUAUGACAAAUUACCUGAUAUUGAUACUAAAAGUACCAUCUUGACCAUGAACACCGUAUCAACCCAACAUUAUGAUGAUGAAUUUGUCAUUAAUAUCGUACAACUCUGGGAAACUUAUAGUAUGAUAUUUAUUCGAACAGGUAAUUUCAAACAUUUGAGUAAGAUUCUACCCACUAAUCCCAAAUUAUCAUUACCCACAUCCAUAUAUAAUCAAAUCUUGACCCUUCUAUUAGAAGAUGAUGUUGAUGAGUUCAUUAAAAAGAUCGAGGAAUGGUCCCAUGAAUUGUUCGAUGUUAAAGGGAUGGAAGAUUCGAUUGAAACUUAUUUAGCUGAUAACAACAAUGACUCAUUAAGAAGAACAUUGGUGGGUUUGUACGUUGAAACUGACCCUCAAAGAGCGGUGAGACAUCUCAUGAUCUUAAAAGACUAUAAUAUUAUCCAAUUCUUAUCAUCCCAUCAUCUUCUCGUUAAUCAUAUCAAAGACUUGCCCAAAAUGAUCCAACUCAGAUUCAAGGGUAAGGAAUUUGAAACGUUACCCUUGGGUGAUCUCAAAUCCAGAUUCAUGGAUAUUGUAGAUAUCUUAGUUGAUAAGCGUCAUGAAAUACUUCCUAUGACUAUCAUUGAUUUGAUGAAUCAGAACAAAUUGAAUUACUUGACUUAUCUUUAUUUAGAAAGAUUGAACGAAGUUGAUGAUUAUGUCACUCGAGGCUUCGGUGAUAAGUUGGUGGAAUUGUAUAGUCAAUUCAAUCGUGAAAAGUUGCUACCUUACUUAAUGAAGAACAGUAAUUAUAAUUUUGAUUUGGCUAUUGAGUUAUGUGAAACAAAUGAAUUAUAUGAAGAAUUGGUGUAUCUCUUGGGUAAAAUUGGUGAGAAUAAGAAAGCUUUAUUGUUGAUCAUUGAUAAAUUAGAUAAUCCAGAAAUCGCUAUAAAUUUUGCUAAACAUCAAAAUGAUCGAGAAGCUUGGAAUAUUCUUUUAGAUUAUUCUACGAACAAACCUAAAUUCAUCCAAGCAUUGAUUGAAGGAGCUGAUGAUCAAUCCAAUCCAUUCUAUGAUCCCAUUUCCAUUAUCAAGAGAAUCCCCAACAAUGUUAAGAUUGAAGGUUUAAAGAAUUCAGUAACAAAGAUUUCUGAAAAUAAUGAAUUGAAUUUACUUUUGAGUCAAUUGAUUCUUAAUAUCAUCAGCAAUAGAUCGGAAGUUAUAUCAAAGAAGUUCAGACAUGAAUUACUUCAAGGAUUAGAAAUCGAUGUUACGGAUGAGAAUUUCUCUCAACUUAUCAAUUAUUUUGAAACUAUCUUAAUCUAUAAUAACACCACAGAUGAGAAACACAAAUAUUUAUUAGAAUCUGUGCUUUCUCCAAAGAAAGGUUUAUAUUCGGAUCUUCAAGCCAAACUCACUCAUCUAGAAUUAUUGAAUAAACUUUUUGAAGAUUUUGCAACCAGAAAUUUUGCAACCACCGAAAAGCUCACUUCCACAAAGUGA